AGCAUCACUAAAAUUGGCUAGUUCAUUCUCUAUCAUCUGUACUGGCAGAUGUUUUUAUGAAAAUGUUCAUCUUGCAUUCUAGAUUUCUUAUGAUUGCAAAUAAAAAUGGUAACCCUUCCACUCUAAGUGAAACAGUGUGCUGGCAACCAGCAUGUGAUAUCCUGUCCCACAGAUUCCCCUCCUCCCCCAAUUAUUACAGUUAAUUAACCAAGUAAGAGAGAGGAAAAGACUUAUUGUUUCAUGUGAACAAAUCCCUCGAGGUCACUCAUUAGGCAAACAAAUACAGAACCUAAAUUGCAGGCCUUGACCCCAAAAGAGAGCACUUUUGUACAACAUAAUUACAUCUAUGAUCCUGAUGCCGAAGGGCAUGCCUGAUGUUUGCCUCUGAACAGAAGCGUGCUGUGAGAAAAUAUGUGCAUAAACUAGAUCCAUUCUAGUAGUGCUGUGAAUACAAAGACAUUGUAUGCUUCCUUUUCUUCUCAACAUCAUGUGCUUAACUGGCUAUUCCAAAUUCAAAUGCUGUUCUUCAAAGAAGGGGGUGAAAAAUGAGGGAAAAGCACCUCAAGGACCCAGUAAUUAAUGCCCAUCUAAUCUCAUCUUCUAUGGGCAACUGGAGUAAAAUUGCUGCAGAUCAAGUGGCAGCUGUAAUGAAACCCACCCUUAGCACAAAAUAAUAAAAUAAACACCUUGGGAGACUGGUUUCUUUAAUUCUUCUGUGUUAAUGCAGCAGGAUCUUCCUAUCUGCAGGCAACUUAAGCACUGGAGUAGGCAGGCAGCUUGACUACAGAUGAUAUCAUAUACUGUAUGGAAUAUGCAAGGGGAAGCAGGAAUGUUAUUAAAUGGUUCUUCUUCUGUAUAUCAAGCUCAUUGGCCAUAGUGUGGGAGACAGCCUCAGUUUGACGUAACAUUUUGUAUCUGUGAAUGUUUAAAUAAUUCUCACCGCUACCACAGUCUAAAAGUUUGUUUUAUGUACAUACGUACUGUAGGGUAUUUGGUGAUAAAACAGGAUGUCAGAUGCAAAAUGCAGAUCCUGCAUGCCUGAAUGAACUUAACAGUGUAAUCUGUGAAUAACUCAUAGGCUGAUGUUUUGUUUUUGUUUUUGUUUUUUUUGCUAGGAGUACAUAUGGUGCAGCCAAAUGCUGUUUACUACCCAGUAAGCCAAGACCAAGUUCCCUCCCUCAAUUCUGCUCUCUCCGCCUUUGUUUUCCGGCAAAACGGAUCGAUGAGUGACUUCCUCGCAGAGCUACUACCACUGUCCAGAGAGACCUGGCUUGGUGGCAGCUGUGUAACUCCUGCUAGAAAACCAAAGAAGGCUUGGAAGUCCUCUUUGAACAUUUCAGGAGAAGCUUCACUUGUGAGGGCGCUCACAAAUGUGGAUGCCCGAGGAAAAGAGCAGAACGGAUCCAAUGGGACAUAUUUUCCACCUCUGAAGGGUUUUUUUUUUUGCAUGGGAUGGAAGAAGCCAAGGCAAAUCUUGUCACUUCUGAUUUUACCUUUCUUUCUAUGACCUCCUACAAGAGGCCCUUUCUCUCCUAAGAAAAGCAGUGGGGGUUUAUCAAGAUUUGUGUCCUAGCAUUUUUCUAGGGCCCCUGUAAGGCUUGCGCUAGGGAGACAAUGUCCGGUAGCACAGCAAGGAAGGUCCAACCGUUCACUAUUAGUACCAAAUUAUCUCUACCCAAGUGUGCCCUGGAAUUUCCAAGAGACAGCUGUACUGACAUUCCUCUUGCUGCUCUGAAUAACCAUGACUUGCACCAAAACCUCAAUGAGUGUGUUUCCCUGUAUCUGGCUCAGACGUCUCUGGAGCCUGCUGAAGGAAGAUUUAAAAGCGCUAGUCCUAUUGAAGAGGUGAUUGCCAAUGAUGAUUGUAUCAAUAGCAAUUCGCUGUCCCGUUCCAUUAAGAAGAUUACUUUGUCCAAUUGGCAUGGAAAAGAUGGCUUAGGGGAAGAAGGGAUAUUCAGAGACCAUUCCCACACCAGUGCAGAGAAAAACUACAACAACAACAACUGCAAGGCAGGAAAAGCACAAUUCAAGGUGUUUCUCAGAAAAGAAGUGGAACCAAAGGAAGAAAAACAGAAUGUGAGAAGCCCCCAGUCUUGUGACAAUUCUCUAGUUGGCAGAAUUGCACCUUUUGUGAUUCUUGUAUUCGGUGGAUCUGAACACACUCUGAUGGAUUUCAAUGAACAGAGUAGUUCAAUGGAUCCUCUGAUGCAAGACUGCCGUGAGCUUGAACUGGUCAGAGAGCUUCUUGGGACCUACAUUCUUAGCCAUUAUGUAAGGACAAAUACUACAGUGGAACAGAAAUUUGCCUGGAAGCAGGAUAUAAAGCAAAUUAAUAAACAAGCCAGCUUUCAGGAAGACAAGGACAGCUAA